UCCCUGCCUCUUUCCUAUCAAACCUCGCACCUAACCAACAAACAAACCCCCCGAAAAAUAAAAAUAGGAAACCCCCAACGCUAAAAUGGCUCCUAGAGAAAGAUCUAACAACAACAACAGCCCGAACAGCCCUAGAUCGGAGAUCCGUUUUAGAGGCGUCAGGAAGAGACCAUGGGGACGUUAUGCAGCUGAGAUCAGAGACCCAGGCAAGAAAACGAGGGUUUGGCUGGGCACUUUUGAUACUGCUGAAGAGGCCGCCCGUGCAUACGAUGCGGCUGCUCGUGAAUUCCGCGGAGCCAAAGCCAAAACUAAUUUCCCUACAAUCGGUGAGCUUAAUCCCAACCCCACGCGCAGUCCUAGCCAAAGCAGCACUGUCGAGUCCUCCUCCCCACCGCCCCCACGCGCCGCUUCUCCUCCACCACCACUCGACCUCACUCUUAACAUUUCCCGCCAUAAACCCGACCGCCAGCCUUUUCCCAAUGGAGUUAGUUUUCCAGGAGGCGCGUGGUUUCCAUUCCCUGCUGUUGCGCGUCCCGUUUUCUUCUUCGACGCGUUUGCUCACGCGAAGAAUGAUAUUCCUAACAAUAAUAGUAUAGUGAAUAAUAUUAACAUGUGCAGGUUUGAUCGAACGGUGAUGGUGAAUGGAGGUGGGGCCCAGAGUGAUUCGGAUUCAUCAUCAGUCGUCGAUUACGAUCAUCGUCGUGAUAGUAAGGGAUUGUCACUUGAUCUUGAUCUUAACCUGGCCCCACCACCGGAAGUCUCGUGAUCUUGUGGUUUUUCAUGGAGAGAUCUGAUUUUGGAAGUCGUUUUAUGGCUUCAGUGUUGUUUUUUUCCUCUAAUUUCCUGGGUACGACAGGAAGAGAGCAAGUUUUAGAGAAUUAGAGCUAAUUAAGGAAAAAAGAAAAGAAAAGAAAAGCAGCUGACGUAUUUUGUAUAUAGAGAGAACGGAAAUUAUCUAAAACUAUUUCCCUUUUUUUUUUCGCAACUGAGAAAUUUAAGAAGUUUCUCAGAGUUGUUCUA